AUGGACUCCACUAGGACAAAAACAACCCGUUGGGAACAAACAGAAAAAUAUACUCCUCCUACAGAAUACAACAACAAAGUUGAGGACAUUCAGUAUAUUCCUACUCCAAAAAUGGAAAAUAGACCAUCACGAAAAUCAUCAAGUUCUAGUUCGUCAAGUUCGUCUAGUUCGUCUAGUUCGUCAAGCUCUUCCGGUUCGUCUGUGAAGGUACCGAUUCCUUCGAGUUUGGCAACGGCUGCAGAAGUGUCAAAUCCGACAGGUUCGUCAACAUCCGCGGAAGUGCCAAAUCCUUCGAGUUUGUCAACGGCCGCGCAAGUGUCAAAUCCGACAGCUUCGUCAUCAUCCGUGGAAGUGCCAAAUAAUUCACAGUUAAAUUUGUAUCCUUGCGUACGAGUAUCCACAAAAGUAAAACCGAUAACAGGGAAAAGAAAAACGGCUGGAAGUGAUAAGGACAAGGAGGAUAAAAAAGGAAAAAAAGAAUGA